ACCAACCAAAAUUCAAUCUUGAGGGAGAGAGCACGAAGAUGGGUCUUCUUCUCUACUCCAAUCCUCUGCCUCUCACCACCGCUUCUUACCCUUCUUCUUCUUCUUCUUCUUCUUCUUCUUCUUCGCCGCCUCCAACUUCAUCACCUUCAUCUUUCUCUGCAACUAUUUCAUGGAUGCACAUGAAACCCAAUAAUCUGCAUCCGAAAUGUUUCAGCGGAGUUCGACUUCAUAUGCCCGUUGUGAAAAGGUCAGCUUCAGUAGUUGUUAAGGCCUCCUCUGACAUUGAUGGAACUGCUGCUGCAAAUGAGGGCAGUGAGCCCCUUCCAGAUAGCAAGGAAGAGGCCGUGGUACCUGUCGACAAGCUUCCUUUGGAGUCAAAGCUGCAAGAGAGGCUAGAGCAGAAGAAGAAGAUGCAACUGGCGAAGAAAAUAAGGCUUCGCAGGAACAGACUUGUUCGCAAGCGAAAACUGAGAAAGAAAGGCAGAUGGCCUCCAUCAAAGAUGAAGAAGUUAAAGAAUGUCUGAGGUUUACCUCAUGCUUUCUUGCAGGGCUGUUCUCCAGUUUUAUGGCUGGAUCUUUCUUCCAAGACAUCCAAUGCAAGCGUUCUUUUUUGCUUUGGGCGAAGGCUGAAGAUCUAUUUCAGAUCUGGUGUGUGGAUCUUUCCUUUAGCUGGUGGAGAAAUAAAGUUUUGAGUUUGGAUCGGUAUAUAGAGAGGAGUGGUCGUUAUUUCACUAGUGAAUCUGCAAAUUUCAUGGUGCCUUUGAUGACGAGCAAGUACUUUGGCCCUCCAAUGGGGGCGUGGGGGAAAAAUUGAGCGGAAUUGCCAUUUCCCUUUUGAGGUGCAUCUUUGUUGGGACGAUGCAAGUUUUGUCCCUUGUUGGGUGUUGCUGCAACAAUAGUGUUUAAUGUGAAGAAGAUCCUAUUUCUAAUUUGUUGUCGGCUCUAAUGAGUUUUGUCUGUUGUACCGUGUUUCAAUAUUUGUAUGCCAAAACCCUCCCUUUACGGGGCUGAUUGUAUUAUUCCUAACAUGUAGUUUGCUCCUGUAUUACGAAUGAAGAAAAUUCUCCUUUCCACCCGAAAAA